GUACUCGCGCAUGCCGGUUACUUACGUGGUGGUGGUGGCACUCUCAAGUGUUUUACACUCGGGGUGCGGCAGUCGGGCAGAGAAAAGCUAAAUAAACACACCGUUUCUCUCUCUGACAGUGUGUAAAAAUAAAUAAAAAAGAUUCCCAUUUGACGAACACGACCCACCACCUCUCUCCCAACGAUGAUGGAGGAACAAGAAGAUUCCCUCCACGACGACGACCCCACCUCCACCACUUCCUCCUCCCAACAACAACCCAUUGAACCGGUCCCCUCCCCCACCCACCAGCAACCCUCCCCCCCCACAACUUCAACUUCCAGCUCCAACCAACCCCCCUCGGCCCAGAAAGAGGUAAAAAUCCUGGAAACAGCGGACGACAUCUCUGAACGCCGAGAGGCCGUGCUAGGUCGUUACUCAGCUUUUAAAACUGAGGUGAAGCAGAAACGAGAAAAACUAGAAGAUUCCAGAAGGUUCCAGUACUUUAAAAGGGAUGCGGACGAGUUGGAGAGCUGGAUUUAUGAGAAGUUGCAGGCCGCGAGUGAUGAGGGGUUUAAAGACGUGACUAAUUUACAGGCCAAGAUUCAGAAGCAUCAGGCCUUCGAAGCCGAAGUCUCGGCCCACUCCAACGCCAUAGUCUCCCUGGACAACAUUGGCUCCGAGAUGAUCUCCCAAUCCCACUACGCCUCCGAAACCAUCCGAAAACGCCUCGAGGAACUCCACAAAUUAUGGGAACUCCUCCUCUCCCGCCUGGCCGAGAAAGGCCUCAAACUCCAGCAGGCCCUCGUCCUGGUCCAGUUCCUCCGCUCCUGCGACGAAGUUUUACUUUGGAUCUCGGACAAAGAAGCCUUCGUCACGGCGGACGAGUUCGGGACGGAUUUGGAACACGUAGAAGUCCUGCAGAGGAAAUUCGACGAGUUCCAGAAAGACAUGGCGAGUGAGGAGUACCGCGUGAUGGAUGUGAAUGGACAGGGGGAGAAAUUAGUUAUGGAGGGGCAUCCGGAAGGGGAAACUAUUGUGAGGAAGAGGGAAGAGUUGAAUGAGGCUUGGGGGAGGUUGAAGCAGUUGUCCGUUAUGAGGCAAGAAAAGCUAUUCGGCGCCCACGAAAUCCAGCGCUUCAACCGCGACGCGGACGAGGCGAUCUCUUGGAUCAACGAAAAGGACGUGAUUUUAUCCAGCGAUGAGUACGGGAGGGAUUUAGCCUCCAUUCAAGCUCUGCAGAGGAAACACGAAGGAGUGGAACGUGACUUGGCUGCGUUGCAGGAUAAAGUUAACACUUUGAGUCAGGAGGCGGAGAGGUUGUGUGGGAUUCACAUUGACCAUGCUGGGCAGAUCAGGGAUAAGGAGAAUGAAAUCGGGGAGAACUGGGGGGCGCUGAUUAAGCGGGCGGAGGAAAGAAAAUCCAAACUGGAAGACUCCUAUUCCCUCCACCGCUUCUUGUCCGAGUACCGCGACCUCCUCAACUGGAUUAAUGACAUGCGCUCCCUGAUCUCCGCGGAUGAACUCGCAAAAGACGUUGCCGGUGCGGAAUCCCUACUCGAACGCCACCAAGAACACAAAGGAGAAAUAGACGCGAGGGAAGACUCCUUCAGAUUAAUCCAAGAAUCAGGGAACCAACUCGUGGAUAAAGGCCACUUUGCGGGGGGUGAAGUUGGGGAGAAGUUGAAUAAUUUGAAUGAGGAGAAGUUGACUUUGCUUAGUUUGUGGGAGGAGAGGAGGAUUCUUUAUGAGCAGUGCAUGGACUUGCAGCUGUUUUAUAGGGACACGGAGCAGGCGGACACCUGGAUGUCGAAGCAAGAAGCUUUUCUAGAAAACCAAGACCUCGGCGACUCCCUCGACUCCGUGGAAGCCUUGAUUAAAAAACAUGAAGAUUUCGAAAAGUCUUUAGCAGCGCAGGAGGAGAAAAUAAAAGCGCUGGAUGAAUUUGCCUCGAAACUGAUCGAAGGCCAGCACUACGCCGCGGAGGAUGUUUCCGAGAGGAGGCAGUUGUUACUCGAACGUAGAAAUGGGUUACUAGAAAAAUCCGCCAUCCGCCGAGCGACCUUGGAAGGAGCGUUUAAACUGAUGCAGUUCGAGAGGGACUGCGACGAGACGUGUGGGUGGAUCAGGGGGAAGUUGAAAUUAGCCAAUGAUGAUUCUUACUUGGAUCCUACUAAUUUGAAUGGGAAAGUCCAGAAACAUGCCAAUUUUCAGAAGGAGUUGGCGGCGAAUAAGUCCAGGAUCGAUGAGUUGGUGGAACAGGGGGGGGUGUUGGAGGACUCGAGUGGACGAAUUGAAACCCGGUUAGUGGAUAUCGCACGAUUGUGGGAAGCGCUGGAGGCCGCCGCUGGGAAGAAGGAGGAGAGAUUGAACGACGCCUCCCAACAACAAACCUUCAACCGGACCGUGGAAGACAUUGAGCUCUGGCUCGGCGAAAUAGAGGGCGCCCUCUCGUCCGAAGACUACGGCAAGGACCUCACCUCCGUCCAGAACCUCCAGAAGAAACACACCCUCCUGGAAUCCGACGUGUCCUCCCACUCCGACCGCGUCGACCAAAUAAAAUCCGCCUGUGAGGAAUUCAUCGAAAAGGAACAUUUCGACAUUGAAAAUAUCAUUAAGAAAGGAAACGGAGUCCAAACGAGAUACGAGAAUUUGAAACCGUUGAUUGAAAAUAGGAGAAAGAAACUAAAUGAUUCUUCUCGAGUUAUGCAGUUAUUCAGGGAUAUCGAAGAUGAGGAGUCGUGGAUUCGGGAAAAAGAGCCGAUUGUAGCGAGUAAUAAUCGAGGGAGGGAUUUGAUCGGAGUGCAGAAUUUGAUCAAGAAACACCAAGCCGUUGUGGCGGAGAUUAACAAUCGGGAAGGGAAAAUUAAUGGGGUUUGUGAGGUUGGGCAGGGGUUGAUUGAAGGUGGGAGUUUCAUGGGGGAAGAGGUGGGGAGGAGGGUGGAUAAAUUAAAAGGGAAUUGGGCAGGGGUGAGGGAGAAGGCGGAGAAGCGGAGUAAGGAUUUGCAGGAUGCGUUGUUGGCCCACCAAUACUUUGCCGACGCUAACGAAGCCGAGUCCUGGAUGAAGGAAAAGGAACCCCUGGUCCUUGCCCACCAAGAUUUAGGGAAAGACGAGGACUCCUCCGAAGCCCUGCUAAAGAAAAACGAAGCUCUAAUGUCGGAUUUAGAAGCGUUUAAAUCCACGAUUGACUCGUUAAAGGAACAAGCCGACACUUGUAAACAAGCGCCGACCGUGUCCGAGAAUUUUGGUCUGAUGAAGGAGGUCGUCAUCGCUUUGUAUGAUUACACGGAGAAGAGUCCGAGGGAGGUCAGUAUGAAGAAGGGAGAGGUCCUCACGCUGUUGAAUUCCAAUAAUAAAGAUUGGUGGAAGGUGGAGGUCAAUGAUCGGCAGGGCUUCGUCCCCGCCGCUUAUGUAAAACGGAUCGACUCUGCCUUGACAGCCUCCCAGCAAAACCUGGCUGACAAAUCCUCCAUAACCGCCCGGCAGAAACAGAUCGAGUCCCAGUACAACCAAUUGAUUUCACUGGGGAGAGAACGUCAAGAGAAAUUAAACGAUGCCUGCAAAGCGUAUGUUUUGGUGAGGGAGGCGGCCGAGUUGGCCCAGUGGAUUAAGGACAAAGAGCAGUAUGCGCAGGUGCAGGUCGCCGAGGUCUCCGCCGACGCCGACCUCGAGCAAGUGGAGGUGAUGCAGAAAAAGUUCGACGACUUCCAAUCCGACCUGAAAGCGAACGAGGUCCGCCUCGCCGAGAUGAACGUAAUAGCAAUGCAGCUAAUGUCCCUUGGCCAGACGGAGGCCGCCGUGAAAAUCCAGACCCAACUGGAAGACCUCAACACCAAGUGGGAAACCCUCCAAACCGUGACCCAAGAAAAAGCAGAGAAACUCGGAUCCGCUCACCAAGUCCAACGAUUCCACCGGGACGUUGACGAGACGAAAGAUUGGAUCAGUGAAAAAGACGAAGCUUUGAGUAAGGAUGAUUUGGGGAAGGAUUUGAGGACGGUGCAAGCCUUGCAGAGGAAACACGAGGGGUUGGAGAGGGAUUUGGCUGCUUUGGGGGAUAGGAUUAGACAGAUGGAUGAAAUGGCGAGUAAAUUGAUCAAGACGAAUCCGGAGCUGGCGGAUCCGAUUUAUUCGAGGCAGAAGGAGAUCAAUGCGGAGUGGACGCAGUUGCAAGGGAAGGCCAAUGCGAGGAAGGAGAAGUUGUUGGAUUCUUAUGAUCUUCAGAGGUUUUUGAGUGAUUACCGCGACCUCAUGACCUGGAUAAACACGAUAAUGUCGCUGGUCUCCUCUGACGAACUGGCCACGGACGUCACCGGGGCAGAAGCCCUACUCGAACGCCACCAGGAGCACCGCACGGAAAUGGACGCCCGUACCGGGACCUUCCAAGCCUUUGAAAUGUUUGGCAAACAAUUACUGGACUCGAGGCACUACGCUGGGGUUGAGAUUGGGGAGAAACUCGAGUCCAUGGCGGAUGCGAGGCAAGAGCUGGAGAAACAGUGGAUCGCGAGGAGGAUGCAGUUGGAUCAGUGUCUGGAAUUACAAUUAUUCUUGAGGGACUGCGAGAUGACGGAGAAUUGGAUGGCGGCGAGGGAACAAUUCCUCACCGAGUCCACCACUUCCUCAGGAGACGAAAAGUCCGACAACGUCGAGGCUUUAAUUAAGAAACACGAGGACUUUGACAAAGCCCUCACUUCUCAAGAGGAGAAAAUGGCGCAGUUACAAGCAUUUGCUGAUCAAUUAGUGUCCUCUGGGCAUUAUGCGGAGGAUGAAAUUGUUAAUAAGAAAAAUCAAGUCAUCGAUCGGUGGGAGAAGUUGAAGGAAGCGUUGAUUGAACAGAGAUCCCGAUUGGGAGAGAGUCAGACGCUGCAACAAUUCUCGCGAGACGCCGACGAAAUAGAAAACUGGAUCGGCGAGAAACUCCAGCACGCCACGGAGGAGUCCUACAAGGACCCCGCCAACAUCCAAUCCAAGCACCAGAAGCACCAAGCCUUUGAAGCCGAGCUCGCCGCCAACGCCGACCGGAUCCAGGCCGUCCUUGCCAUGGGUCACAAUUUGAUCGAAAAACGCCAAUGCGGUGGGUCGGAAGAGGCCGUGGAAGCGAGACUCGAAUCCAUCGCCCGCCAGUGGGAAACCCUAACGAUAAAAACCUCCGAAAAAAGCUAUAAACUAAAAGAAGCCAACAAACAACGGAGCUACGUCGCUGCGGUGAAAGAUUUGGAGUUUUGGCUUGGGGAAAUUGAGUCUUUAUUACAAUCGGAAGAUAACGGGAAGGAUUUAGCAUCCGUGCAGAACCUGAUGAAAAAACAGCAACUAAUCGAAGCGGACAUCUCAUCGCAUGAGGAUCGGGUGCAGGAUUUGAAUGAUCAAGCAGAGAGUUUGAUCACUUCUGGGCAGUUUGAUGAUGGGAAUAUCGAUGAGAAGAGGAAGUUGAUCAAUGCGAGGUUUGAAAAGGUGAAGAAUCUGGCGGAUAAAAGGGCUGGGAAAUUGAAUGAGGCGUAUACUCUGCAUGGGUUCUUUCGGGAUAUUGCCGAUCAGGAGAGUUGGAUCAAGGAGAAAAAGUUGUUAGUGGGGAGUGGCGAUUUUGGGAGGGAUUUGACGGGCGUCCAAAACCUGAAGAAGAAGCACAAACGCCUGGAAGCCGAGCUCCUCUCCCACGAACCCGCCAUCACCCAAGUGAUCGAGGCAGGAGGGAAAUUGAUGGAGGAAGGAAACGAUGUAGAAUCCAGGCUGCGAGCCCUCUCACAAGCAUGGGAAGAGUUGAAGGAAUUGAGCUCCAAUCGUGGAGAGAAAUUAGAGCAGAGUUUGGAAUAUCAACAGUUUCUGGCUAAAGUUGACGAGGAGGAGGCCUGGAUCAGUGAGAAGCAGCAGCUGCUCGUGGUGGAUGAUCUGGGGGAUUCUAUGGCGGCCGUGCAGGGCCUGCUAAAAAAACACGACGCCUUCGAAACGGACUCCCUCGUCCACCGUGACAACAUCUCUGAGAUCUCCACCUCUGGAGAAACCCUAAUCCACCAAGGGAACCACCACUCGGACUCCAUCCGUCAACGCCUUUCCUCUUUGGAUCAAAAAACAGCGACGCUCUCUUCCCUCGCGGAGAAAAGGAAACGCGGAUUACAAGAAAACUCUGCCUACCUCCAGUUCAUGUGGAAAGCGGACGUAGUGGAGUCUUGGAUUUCCGACAAGGAAGCACACGUCAAAUCGGAAGAGUUCGGAAGGGAUUUGUCAACCGUGCAGACUUUACUCACGAAACAGGACACGUUCGACGCUGGAUUGGUAGCUUUUGAAAACGAAGGAAUGGACAAUUUGCGACAACUGAGGGACUUGCUCGUCUCCAGUGGUGGGAUCAAAUCGGAGAUGAUCAAUAAGAGGUUUGGAGAAGUGAAGGGGAGAUGGGAGAAAUUGUUGCAAGCGAGUGAGGCGAGGAAAUCCAGGUUGAUCAUGAUGCAGGAGCAGUUUAGACAGAUUGAAGAGUUGUAUUUGACUUUUGCCAAGAAAGCCAGUGCUUUUAACUCGUGGUUUGAGAAUGCCGAGGAGGAUCUGACGGAUCCCGUGAGGUGUAAUUCGCUGGAGGAGAUUAGAGCCCUCCGCGAAGCCCACGCCCAGUUCCAGGCCUCACUCUCCACGGCGGAGACGGAUUUCAAGGCUCUGGGCGAUUUGGACAAGCAGAUCAAGGGGUUCAAUGUGGGACCGAACCCCUACACCUGGUUCACCAUGGAGGCCUUGGAGGACACGUGGCGAAACCUGCAGAAAAUCAUUAAAGAACGAGAUGUGGAUUUGGCAAAGGAGUUUUCUCGCCAAGAAGAGAAUGAUAAAUUGAGGAAGGAGUUUGCUAAGAUUGCCAAUGCUUUUCAUGGGUGGUUGACCGAGACGAGGUUCCGCUUACUCGGGUGGGAUGGAUCCUCCAUGAUGGAAGGCUCCGGCACCCUCGAGCAACAACUCGACUCCACCAAGCGCAAAGCCAUCGAGGUCCGCGCCCGUCGCUCCGACCUCAAAAAAAUCGAGGACCUCGGGGCCACCCUCGAGGAACACCUCAUCCUCGACAACCGCUACACCGAACACUCCACCGUCGGCCUCGCCCAAGCCUGGGACCAACUGGACCAGCUCGGCAUGCGCAUGCAGCACAACCUGGAACAACAAAUCCAAGCCAGAAACCAAUCGGGCGUGAGCGAGGACGCCCUCAAAGAAUUCUCCAUGAUGUUUAAACACUUUGAUAAAGACAAAUCGGGUCGAUUGAAUCAUCAAGAGUUUAAAUCGUGUUUGCGAGCGUUGGGUUACGAUCUGCCGAUGGUGGAGGAUGGGGAGCCCGAUCCGGAGUUUGCGGAGAUUCUGGCGGUGACGGAUCCGAAUCGGGAUGGACAUGUUUCUUUACAGGAAUAUAUGGCGUUUAUGAUCAGUAAAGAGACGGAGAAUGUACAGAGCUCGGAGGAGAUUGAGAAUGCUUUUAGGGCCAUUACCAGUGGGGCCGAGAGGGGGUUUGUCACGAGGGAGGAGUUGUAUGCGAACCUCACCAAGGAAAUGGCCGAGUACUGCGCGAGCAAGAUGUCCCCCUACGUGGACCCAAAAACGGGUCAGUCCCCCGUCCCCGGCGCCCUGGACUACAUUGAAUUCACCCGGCAGCUGUUUCAAAACUAGUUCUUUUAGUCUCUGGACUUUACAAUUUUAAUGCUUUUCUCGCUUUAUAUAAACAAUUAAAUAAAUCAGUGUUUGAAAAAGUAAA